GGUGGGCGAUGGCGCCGCUGCUGCCCCUGCUCUGUCUCUGUGCCGCCGCCGCUCACCUGGCGGGGGCGCAAGACGCCAAUCCCACCAAGGAGGAGCCCACCACAGCUGUCUGGAGCCCCCAAGAACGGCCGCUGCAUCCUGGCCAGCCUUCGCCAGCUCUGGAGGAUUGGGACGAGGCCAGUGAGUGGACGUCUUGGUUCAACGUGGACCACCCGGGAGGAGACGGAGACUUCGAGAGCCUGGCCGCCAUCCGCUUCUACUACGGGCCUUCGCGGGUGUGCCCACGGCCGCUUGCCCUGGAGGCGCGCACCACCGACUGGGCGCUGCCGGCCACCGUCGGCGAGCGCGUGCACGCCAAUCCCGCGCGCGGCUUCUGGUGCCUCAACCGCGAGCAGCCCCGUGGCCGCCGCUGCUCCAACUACCACGUGCGCUUCCGCUGUCCGCUCGAGACCGUGUGGGGCCCGUGGGGGCCAUGGAGCCUCUGCUCCAAGAGCUGUGGGCCAGGCCGUCGCUUACGCCGCCGCACCUGCCAAAGCCCGACUGGAGAUGCUUGUCCUGGGAAACCCCAGGAGGCUCAGAAGUGUGUGCAGCCCAGGUGCCUAGGGUGUAGUUCUGACAUCUGUGGAUGCCCUGACCAUGUCCUUUUGGGCUUGGUGGUCACCCCAUCUGGACAACCACUGCAAGGAGCCAGGGUCUCCCUGAGAGCCCGACCUGGCACUGUAGCCACCAGUAAUGCCCAUGGAACCUUCUCAGUGUCUGGAGUCUGCGCUAGCAGCCAUGCCAAUGUCAGUGCCCAGAUGGAUGGCUUCUCAGCAGGUGUGGCCCAGGCCCAGGCCAACAGCUCCAAUUCAGCCAUGGUCACCAUCAUCCUGGAAAAGCUAGGGAAGCCGUACCUGAUUAAGCACCCUGAGUUCCGAGUGCGUGAGAUUGGCCAGGAUGUGACCUUCUGUUGCAAGGCCUCAGGAACCCCCAUGCCCAAGAAAUACUCCUGGUUCCACAACGGGACCCUCCUGGACAGGCAUGGAUCCGGGCCGCACCUGGAACUCCGAGGGCUGCACGCGGACCAGGCGGGCAUGUACCACUGCAAGGCGUGGAACGAAGCUGGCGCUGUCCGUUCCCGCACUGCCCAGCUCACAGUGCUCGCCCCCGGCCAGCCAGCCUGCGACUCCCGGCCCAAGGAACACCUGAUCAAAUUGCCAGACGACUGUAGCCAGCCCGGCGGUGGCCCUGCCUAUCUGGAUGUGGGCCUAUGCCCAGACACUCGCUGUCCCAGCCCCGCAGGCUCCAGUCCUCGAUGCGAGGACACGGGCUCGCGCUGCUGCUCUGUGCUGCGCCUGGAGCGCAGGGAGAUCCGCUGCUCGGGCUACGUACUGCCUGUGAAGGUGGUGGCACAGUGUGGCUGCCACAAGUGCCUGCCUCGUCGGGGGCUGGUUCGGGGCCGCGUGGUGGCAGCGGACUCCAGGGAGCCUCUGCGCUUCGCCAGCAUCCUUGUGGGCCGUGUGCCCAUUGGGUUCACCUCCUACCAGGGUGACUUCACCAUCGAGGUGCCGGCUGCCACCGAGCGACUGGUGGUGACCUUCGUGGAUCCCCGUGGUGAGUUCGUGGACAGCGUCCGCGUGCUGCCUUUUGACCCUCGUGGUGCCGGCGUGUACCACGAGGUCCGGGCCUUGCGGAAGGCGGCCACAGUGCUCCUGGACUCCAGCCGAGGCAACGCCAUCCCACUUGGUGGCCCCGAGGAUGAAGAGAAGGAAGAGGCACCCCUGGGCGAACUGGUCCUGCACCCUGGGUCCUUCUGCCAUGCCGACGGCCGGCCGUACGCGGGGCCGGUGGAGGCCCGCGUCACCUUCGUGGAUCCUCGGAACCUGUCUUCGGCGGCUGCAGCCCCCAGCGACCUGCGCUUCGUGGACAGCACUGGCGAGCUGGCGCCUUUGCGCACCUACGGCAUGUUUGCCGUGGACUUGCGUGCACCCGGCUCCUCCGAACAGCUGCACGCGUCGGACGCAGCCGUGCGCGUGACCGCCUCUCACGUGCACAUGCCUGGGCACGCCGAGGCGCUGGCGCUGUGGUCGCUGGACCCAGAGACCGGGCUGUGGGAGGAGGAAGGAGGCUUCCGGCGGGGGGCGGGGCAGGCGGCGCGCGUGCGCAGAGAGGAGCGCGCCUUCCUCGUGGGCGCGCUUACCAUCCGCGAACGCCGCCUCUUCAACCUGGACGUGCCGGAGCGCCGCCGCUGCUUCGUUAAGGUGCGCGCCUACGGCACCGACCGCUUCGCUCCCGGUGAGCAGGUGCAGGGCGUGGUAGUGACAUUGCUCAACCUGGAGCCUGCCCCGGGCUUCUCCGCUAACCCGCGCGCCUGGGGUCGCUUCGACAGCGUGGUCACCGGUCCAAACGGCGCCUGCCUGCCCGCUUUCUGCGACGCCGAACGGCCCGACGCCUACACGGCUCUGGUCACGGCCGCACUGGGCGGCGAGGAGCUAGAGGCCGCGCCGUCCUGGCCGCGCGCGAUCGCGGCCACAGUGGGUGUCGUGCAGCCUUACCUGGAUCGCCUCGACUACCAGCGCACCGACCAUGGCGACCCCGCACUCAAGCGCACCGGCUUCCGCGUGAACCUGGCCCGGCCGCGCGCGGGCCGUGCUUCGGAAGCUCGCGGGCCCGUGUACCCCUGGCGCAGGCUGCGCGACUGCGAGGACGCUCCAGUCACCGACAGCCACUUCCGCUUCUCGCGUGUGGAGGCCGACAAGUACGAGUACAACGUCGUUCCUUUCCGCGAGGGCUCGCCAGACUCCUGGACGGGCGACCUCCUUUCCUGGUGGCCCAACCCGCAGGAGUUCCGGGCCUGCUUCCUCAAGGUGCGGCUCCAGGGUCCCCAGGAGUACAUGGUGCGCUCGCACAAUGCGGGCGGCAGCCACCCGGUCACCCGCGGGCAGCUCUACGGGCUGCGUGACACCCGCAGCGUGCGCGACCCCGAGCAUCCGGGAGCCUCUGCCGCCUGCGUGGAGUUCAAGUGCGGCGGGAUGCUCUUCGACCAGCAGGAGGUGGACAGGACGCUGGUGACCGUCACACCUCAGGGUAGCUGCCGCCGGGUGGCGGUCAACGGACUCUUGCAGGACUACCUGGCCCGGCACCCCCCUCCAGCGCCCUCUGACGACCCCACGGCCUUUGCCAUGCUAGCCCCCCUGGACCCGCUGGGUCACAACUACGGUGUCUACACUGUCACCGACCAGAGCCCACGUCUGGCCAAGGAGAUAGCCAUCGGCCGCUGCUUUGAUGGCUCCUCAGAUGGCUUUUCUAGGGAAAUGAAGGCAGACACAGGCACUGCUGUCACCUUCCAAUGUCGAGAGCCACCAGCCAGGCCCAGCCUCUUUCAGAGGCUGCUGGAGAACCCCGCAUCAGCACUUGGUGACAUCCGCAGAGAGCUGGGCCAAACCACUGUAGUCCAGGCCAGGAACACAAGUUCCCUCCGUAAACCACCUGGAAAGUGACCUGGGCCCACAACCUCAUCCUUGUGCCUCGCUUUGGACUCCCCCAUCUCUGGGAAGUCUUGGUCCCCUUCUUCCCCAGAGGUCCUGUUCCCUUGUUUCUAGGUACCUCUUCCCGUCAGCCAACCCAGAAUUUACUCAAAAUGGAAACUGGAAGUGUCUGGCAGAACUCUUCAACAGGAGAUUGUUGCAGUGUGACUCAAAACACAGAGUGACCAAUUGUGGAUGGACCAGGGCCCAGGAAAACUGGUCCCAUUGAGGCUGGGGCAUCCCGUCAGCAUAUCGGGUUCUGGCCUGCUCCUGUAUCUUGGCCUCAGAAUCUUUGCCAUAGGCCUGUUUCUGAGCUUUACUGGGGCCCCUCCCUAACUUUGCUUUUGAGGUUGUAUUUAUUGUAAUAAAGCCCCAGAGGGCUGGAGUGGGUGUGCAUGAGAGUCCCAAGUUGGCUUCAAAGAGUAGAGGGAAAGGGGCAUGUUGGGCCCCUGUGCAGGGGAAACUAGGACUGCAAGAGAAACAAUUCUGUUUGGUGCUUGGAAAUCCCCUUGGGGAUUGGAGCUGGUGCUCCGGUGCUCAAUUAAAAAUGCUUUAUUUCCAAA